AUGGAGAGGCCGAAGACGACGAAGGACAUUCAAAGCCUUACCGGACGCGUGGCCGCCUUGACCCGCUUCAUAUCGAAAGCUACCGAUAAAUGUGUACCGUUCUUUAAAGCCUUGAAAGGGGGCAAACAGAAUAUCACAUGGACUGCCGAAUGCGAUAAGGCAUUUCAAGACUUAAAGAACUACAUGAGCAAAGCCCCCCUGUUGUCAAAACCACUGCCUGAAGAAAUUCUCUACCUCUACCUUUCGGUAUCUGGCACUGCCGUGAGUUCGGUAUUGAUUCGAAAACCAGAAAUUUCUGGCCGAUUGAUCAAGUGGGCAAUCGAACUCGGGGAAUUCGACAUACAGUUCGUUCCGAGGCCCGCCGAAAAGGGCCAGGCUGUUGCCGAUUUUAUCUCCGAGCUUACCCCAUCAACAGCACAGUCGACGCCCGAAGCGGUUACCAAGACCGUCUUGCCGGACGAGCUAGACGCCGAACGCUUUGACACCUCAACUCCCAUAUGGGGUUUGCACGUCGAUGGCUCGGCAAACCAACAAGGAUGCGGAGCGGGCUUGGUACUGACAACACCGGACGGACUCAAGAUCGAGUACGCCCUCCGAUUCAACUUCCGAACCUCCAACAAUGAAGCGGAAUAUGAAGCCCUCUUGGCCGGCCUUCGGUUAGCCAAGAGCAUGAAUGCAAAGCAAAUCCGAAUUCACAGCGACUCCCAGCUCAUCGUGAACCAGGUAACGGCAGACUUCGCCGCCAAGGAUGCCUCCAUGCACGCCUACCUCUCAACCGCCCAUCAGCUACUCCAAAGCUUCCAAGCCUACGGGAUCAAACAGAUCCCCAGAGGUGAAAACAGCCAUGCCGACGCACUGGCGCGCCUGGCUUCGGCGAUAAACGACAAGGUCGGAAGGAAGGUGCCGGUGGAGAUUCUUGCCCAACCGAACACGGCAGCCUCCGAAACGUGUACCAUACGGUAUGAGGAUACAUGGAUGUCUCAUAUCUACUCGUACCUGACGAACGGCACCCUUCCUAAAGAUAAGGCCCAGGCCCGGAAGCUUAGAUACCGAUCAGCAAGGUACACUGUCAUCAACAAUGUGCUUUACAAGCGUCGCUACACCACCCCAUAUCUCAAAUGCCUUACGGCAGAGCAGGGGGACUACGUCCUUCGGGAGAUCCAUAACGGUGUGUGUGGCGACCAUUCUGGAUCCCGGUCCCUCGCCUACAAAGCCUUUCGGCAGGGAUACUUUUGGCCGACCAUGCAUCAGGACGCUAAUUCACUAGUGAAGAGAUGUGACAAAUGCCAGCGCUUCGGUAACGUUCAGCAUAUCCCCGCCGAACCUCUGACACCGAUUGUGAGCCCUUGGCCUUUCGCACAAUGGGGACUAGACCUAAUCGGUCCGAUGCCGCAAAGCAAGGGGCAGGUAAAAUAUGCAGUGGUUGCCGUUGACUACUUCACCAAAUGGGUGGAAGCCGAACCUCUGGCAACCAUAACGGCAGCAAAAAUGGAGGAUUUCGUCUGGACUCAUAUUUGUUGCCGAUUCGGUAUCCCAUAUGCAAUCAUUACCGAUAACAGUAGACAAUUCGAUUCGGAACUCUUCAGGCAAUUUUGCACCCGCCUGAAAAUCAACUUGUUUUUCGCAUCACCAGCCCAUCCCCAGUCGAACGGUCAGGUCGAAGCAAUAAACAAAAUAGUGAAGAAGCUACUGAAACGGCAGCUGGACAAGGCCAAGGGAGCCUAG